AUGUCGCGGGCGGAGGGCGAGGCGCCCCUGCGGGCCCUGGUGCGGGCGACGGCCCGCUGGCGGCGGCUGGUGCGGGAGCUGGGCGGCGGGGGCGACGGGCGGGCGCUGCGGGCCGAGCUGCGGCGCUGCGGCCGGCGGGCGCGGGGCCUGGCGUCGGGCUGCGGCAGCGGGCUGGCCGCGGGGCUGCGGGAGCGGCCGGACGAGCGGCCCGAGCUGCGGCGCCUCUGGGCCGUCCUGGCCGCCUGCCUCGACGCCCUGGAGGCCGACGCCGCCCGGGCCCUGCAGCUGGAGCGGGCCUUCCCGCCCGACGCCAACCUCGUCCGCACCGGCCUGCCCGCCGCGCCCCCGCCCCGCGGGCCCGCGGCGGCCCCCGAGGGGCUGGAGGCGGAGAGCCAACGGCUGGCCGACACCCGGCGGGAGCUGGAGCUCAAGGUCAGUGUCCCCCUCUGGGCCGUCGAGGCCCGGAGGCCGCCCGGGGCCGAGCUGGGCUCCCUGUCGGCCGGCAGCGGCCGGUCCUGCUCGGAGGACGGCCGCCCGACCCUCUGCCGGGGGCGGCGGCGGCGGCGGCGGCUGGCGGCCGCCCUGGCUUUCGGCGCCGUGCUCCUCGUCGCCGUCGUCCUGGCCGUGUGCGUCGUCGGCCUGGCCUGA